UUACGGCAGAGCGUGUUCCUGGAGGUCAGACGAGAAGUCGAGUCCGGUAAUCAAGAGACGAAAAAACCGGUGUUUUUACCCGGUAAACUCCCUCAAAGACUCACUGUACGCGCUCACAGGAUAACGUCUGUCGGCGGCGGUGACUCCAGCUGCUCGUCGUCCAUCAGUUUAUCUCAUAUUUUGAGUUUUUGCGACAUAGCAAGCGCCUUGCUAACGUGUAGCCAGGUCGGCUUCGGCUAGCAGCUCACCUCCUCCCCGGCUCCAGUGCUCUCCUCCUCCUCCUCCUCCACCUCCUCCUCCACCUCCUCCUCGGAUCAUUUCACAGCCAUGGACAACUCACAAGGAUCAGGAGGAGCCAAAGCCGGUCUCGGGGGUCUCUUUGGAGGCGGUGCACCGGAAUACUCCAACACAGAGCUCGCCGGUGUUCCCUUGACUGGGAUGAGUCCUCUGUCCCCUUACCUCAAUGUCGACCCUCGCUACCUGGUGCAGGACACAGAUGAGUUCAUCCUCCCCACAGGUGCCAAUAAAACGAGAGGGAGGUUUGAACUGGCUUUCUUUACCAUUGGAGGAUCCUGUAUGACCGGAGCAGCAUUUGGAACUGUAAAUGGUCUCAGGAUGGGCCUGAAGGAGACUAGAGACAUGGCGUGGUCCAAACCUCGUAAUGUACAGAUUAUCAACAUGGUGACCAGACAGGGUGCUUCAUGGGCCAACACUCUGGGCUCUGUUGCCUUGUUAUAUAGUGUUUUUGGUGUGGCGAUAGAAAAGGCCAGAGGAGCAGAAGAUGACAUCAACACAGUGGCUGCUGGGACGCUAACUGGGAUGCUCUUUAAAUCAGGCAGUGGCUUAAAGGGCGUAGCGCGAGGAGGUCUGGCUGGUUUAGCCUUGUCUGGGGCCUACGCUCUCUACAACAACUGGGACCACAUCACCGGCUCCUCCUCGUCAUCCUCCAGACUGUACUAACGUCUCCCACACACAUCUGCUUCCACAUUGGGGCCAAAUAUCUCUCCUGGACACAGCCUUUAACCACAGCACUAAGAGGAAUUAGACUCUGGUCAAAUGCAGUGUGCUCUUACCGGGAAGUGUGAGUUGGUCCCAGUUCGCUGGUUCAACCCCCCCCUCACCCCCUCCAUAGCCACUUUCCUUUCCAGGAGCAUUCUGGGAAGUAAAAGAUGUGUUUUGAAAAGGAAGAUGUGAAAAUGCAGACUAAAUUCCACUGGGAGUCCAGAUGUUGACCGUCCUUUAACACCCCUCUCUUCAUAUGUCUUUAUCUUCUGAGGUAUUCCUUUCACUGAUCUGAUCAGUGGUGAGACGACCCUGCGAAGAUGUUAUUAUAUAGAGGUGUGUCAUUUGUUAUAUUAUUGUUUAAAAGAGAUUAUUAUUAGUCUUCAUUGAUGCUAGUUUUGAAACCAAUCAACCCAUGAAAUUUGGGUUAAAUGCGCCAAUUUAUAAGGUGACAUCUGGUGUGUGUGUGUAGCUCACCAGAUGAACAGCAGUGGAUUUCAGAUUUUGGACUGAAAGACUCUACAAACACAGAACUAAGCCUUACGAUCAGUUCUACUCUUGUAUUUAUUGAAGCGUACCUGCAGUGCUUUCUGUCUUACUGUGCAAAAAGAAAUCACUGUAAAGCUGUACUGGAAGUGCGUGCUGUUAAUGUGUCUCCAUCAAACCAGAUAUAAAAAAACUAUAAUAAAAAAAUGGGAAAUAUUGACAAAGA